AAGAUAAACCAAGACCUCUGUGAUCAUCCGACAUUAUCGCUUGAAGAUAGACGACCUCCGGAGCAUGGCACGAGUCGGUUCUUCAAGGGCUGCCGAUAAUUGAAGACAUCCACAGCAGGUACCGCUACUGCAGGCUCUGCUGUCCAGGUAAAGCUGAGGUGGAUCCCGCAGCUGUCACGAGAGCCGAACCGAGGAACCCCAGGAGACCGGACCACAACCGUUUCACCAUCAACCGGCACGCGGGAACCCCCUGUCGUCCGACAGCCCGCUGCGCGUCGCAUUUUAAGGUAAGCUACGCUCAGAUUGCAUAAUUUUCACUAGUGGUUGCAUACGCCCAUUGUUUCCUAGAAUAGUGUGAAUAUAGCUUGUGUGUGUGUUUAGAAAGAAAUACAGUGAUCGCGACACGUACUAAGCAGCUACUAUAUCUGAUCAGCAUGAGUCAAUUAGAUUCAGGGGAAAUGGCAGAAAGCAGUGUAGAGCAGUAUUGCAGUAUUUCAGAGGCAAUGAAACUGAUAAGCGUACCUUUCGACGGUGAUCGGAGAAAACUGAAAGAAUUUAUUGAUAACAUGUGGGUGUUAAUCCUGGGGAUAAUUGCUAACGGAGUAGCAGAGGGCGUAGCGCUCGACGUACGCAUUGAACCGGUUCAGAGUUCACCCGGGCUUUACUAUCAGCACGAGGCAGAUGCAAGAUUAUAUAACAGCGAAUGGAAGAUUGUGACUUACUUAAAUCUGAAGCAGGCCAGCGACAAUGUUGAUACUAUUGUAUGGGAUAUGGUGAUAAGAUAAUGAUUAGAUCCCUCACCACGCACUCUGUGAACAGCACAAAGAAGGAUAUUAUUCCACCUUUACAAUUGGAGUUUGACUGUUGUGAGGCACCAUUUAGUAGAAUUAAUCUGAAUGAAUUACAGCUGGAGUCACCAAUAAAGAACAUACUCACUCACAAUGAUGAACUGGAAAUGGCCAGCUAUAAGAUUAAGGAAGUAGAAAGAUUAAUUGCAGAUCAGGAGUGGAAAAUGAAACACUCAAUAACUACAUCACGGUUGUCAAUACUAGCAACUAUUGGUUCUGUUGCAUUAGGGUUACUCAUAAGUGUGCUAUGUUGUUGCUGCUGUUGCAAAUGUUGCAGGAAAUGUUGGCCGAGAUUCCUGAAAUGGUUCACGG